CGAUGCCCCGCUUUGAUGACGACGACGACGCAGACGCAUGGAACGAAGUCGACCUGCGCAAGGUUGCCAAGCAAGAGAUGCUCGACGCCGAGACGUCGAUGUGCUUGCGCCUUACAAAGCUGCACCUUGUGCGCGUGCCGCGCUCACUGCAGUACCUGCCGCACCUGCAAAUCAUGGACUUGAGUCACAAUGGUCUCACGCGGCUGCCCGGGCAAUGGCUACGGCGGUCCUUCCCGACACUUCACACACUCCAUGUGGGUAGCAACCAACUGCACGUUAUGGACGAUAUACUCCACCUCUCUCGGCUGCACCACCUCCGCGACCUCGACAUCUCUGCCAACCCGCUCCCGCUCGUCACCAAUCGAGUCUACCUCCUCGAAGCUCUCUUUCAAGCACCGACACCUCGGGACGCUACGUAUGCGAUCGAGAUCGACUUGCAGGCGGCGUGCAUCGUGCCGGACAAGACGCGGUGUCCUGCCGUCUAUCGGGCGCGCACAUUGGCGCCCGUGCCGAGACGAGAGGGCUUCCCAAUGCUACAGAUGCUUAACCAAGCACCCAUCGUGCUGGAAGACGUCGCAGCAGUCGAGCGCGAGCUCGGACGAAAGCUGCGGUAUCCUACUGCAACGUCGGCCAACGUCGCCGCGGCGUCCAAGCCGCCGACUCGCUUUCUGGAGAUGCGCAAGACGGCCAAAGAAUUGGAGCGACGCAAAAUGGGCUUUAAGACGCUGCCGGCCGUGCGGUCCGUGCCCCGUCUCCAGUACACUGUCGACGGGCUGCCAGAGCCAAUCGCAGCCUACGAUGACAUGCACGAUGUCAACCCAGACGGCGGCAUGACCCGCGCUGAGUGCGAGAUGGCCCGACGCGACAUCAAGCUGGGCAUGGCGGUCACGGGUUCCGUCACGGGCAGCGAUUUGCCGCCAGCGCACGAGCCCAUUUCCGCAGCGGGGCACUGGAACCAUAGUAUUGCGUCCCUCGAUGACCUUCAGAACGACCAGCGCUGCAUCGUACGUGAGAAGAGCAAGUCGGACUCAACGCUGCAGGACGACCCGCUCGAGUCGGACGUUCUCCUUGACUCGAUGGUGCAGGCCGAGCGCUCCCGCCGACUCACGCAGCGAACGCUCGAUGUUUUAGCAAAGGAUGACGAGGCGACCGAUGCAUCGAAUCCAUUCCACACGAGUUGUGGCGACGCGUUGUUGGAUCGACUCAACCACAACUACACACCAGCAAUCGUAGCAGAGAAAUUCAAGGUCACGACAGCUUUUUGUAAAAAGACAUUUGCCGUCGGCUCCAAGCUCGUGACACCCGAUGUUCGCGACAUCAUCGAGCUCGAGCUUCAAGACACUCGGCGCCGCAACACGACGCUCUUAGCGACCACGGACCCUGUGCCACCGUCGCUCGUGGCCACGAUGGACCUUUCCCUCAAUCGCUUGCGCGCACAGAACCGCAUUGAAGGCGUCAUCAACACCAUCAACCCCAAGCACGAGAAGCGGCUCAUCCAAGCACUCAUUGAUUCCGACCAACAAGUGGUCGACGAGCAGCUCCGCCGACAAAAGAUCAAGGAGCACAAAGAUCGCAUGGAGGCCAUCGCCCAUCGCGGUCACCGCACGCGCCCCGCCAGCGCGACCCCCGCGCGCCAUGCGUCGUCGUGGCAGCAGCGCAACAUCAUCGCCAUGACCAUGAAGGCGAGCGGUCUCGUCCCUCGCAGCAGCGCCAUCGCCGAGCCUAAGCGCCUCGCGUAUCGGUCGAUCGAGACGGUCGAGGCCGCGGCAGAAGACCACUUGCUCGGUGUCUCGUCCAAGGAGCUGCUGCUGCGCUGCGCCGAGAUCCGCAAGCACGCGCGCGACUCGCUCAAAGAACUCGCCAAGGCCAAAACCGACUUUGUCGUGAGCGAAUGCGACUAUGAGAGCCGGCGGCGCGACCGGAUCGAGCUCCUCAAGCGCAAGGUGCGCGCGUCGGCUUGCGAUGGCACCGAGAUUAUGAUUGGCGAUCAAGAGUUUAUCUAUGCAAGCUUUUAA